AUGAGGUGCAUGGAAAUCAAGAAUACAGACCAGAGGUCCCAUGGAUGCGCCCGUCAUUAUCUGCCUUCACAACAGUCGACGUAUCGAUAUCCCCACUCCCAGCAUCGCCCUGGUCCUGAAACCGCCGCCAGCAGCAUCCCCAGACCAAAGCUUGGAGCGAGUGUCAGUGUGGUUUCUCUCUCUAGCUCUGGCCGCGGUGGCGCCGCCGAGAGGCAGAGAGAGGAAGACGUCAGACUGGGCGUUGCAUUGUUUGCUUUUGGACUUACUGAACUAACUUGUUGCAGAAAGGUGAUUGGGGCGGCUGCGGCCGUGUUUCCGGUGCGGUGGUGGAGCGGAGACGGCGGUCUGGCGGAGGCUGGCAGAGGUGUUUCGUUUGGGUAG